CCAAUCAAAGGGUGCACCAAGAAGAGAGAGAGAGAGGGUGACAUCAAGAAAGAGAGACGAAGAAGAAGCAGCUGCAUUUCAGCCAAUGACAGAGGACAUGUUUCCACUGUGCUGUGAGUAGAUGUCUCUGCUCUGUUGACCCUGACAGUGUGGGACUGCUGUGCUGCUCAGAUGUGCGCAUGAAUAUUGAUCUGACAGAGGAAUGAGAGGCAACAAACGGACCGGAGUGGCUGUUUUGGGAGGAAAUACAUAGCUUUGAGUGCAUUUUUAGAGAUGCCUUAUUUGUACAUGCUAUACACUGUUAGAAAAUGUAGUGCUGUUGGAUUAUUGUUAUAUGGCUCAAGGGUGGAUGCUGUUUGAGGAGGCUAAGAUGUGUGCUUUUCUACUGAAGCUUGGAAGUCACAGAAGUCAUCGUAAGGACAAUAAAAGUCAGCUUAAACACUCAAAAACUUGAGCCAGUAUGAAUAGCUGCUCCUAUUUUCGCUCCUAGAAAUUCACUUAUACAAACGAGAGCUUUCACACCUUUUAGAAACUGUAGGACUACCGUUAUUUAUCGUCACGCCCCCUCGCAUGCAGACAGACUGACAUUUAAGGUCACUUUUGAUUCACAUCACUUCACAACAGCUGAAUGAUGGCGGAAGCAGGUUCAGGAGCCUCCCUGAGCCCGAAGUCGAGCUCCCAGCCCCCUACAAGUGGAGACCAGCGGUUGGUGGACAAGGCCCUCAAGAGACUGGAAAAGCUCCAUGAGCUGUGCACUAACCCCCGGCUGGGCCUGAGGAACAGUCCGCCAUACCUGCCGGAGCUGGUAUCUGAGACGACAACACUGUUAACGAAGGUUUGGGAGCCCUACCGAGGCCCCAGGGCGGGCAGCCAGGUGCCACGAGGAGAUGAGGCCAAGUACCUGAGGGUACAUGUCAGAAACCUGCUGGAUAAGACGGACAGGGCCGUACUGCUGUUUAAAGAGGGACGGGAGAAGAUAUUCGAGGAGACAUCCAGUUACAGGAGGAACUUGACCAAGCUGUCCCUGCUGUUCAGUCACAUGCUGUGGGAGCUAAAGGCCAUGUUUCCAGGGGGUGGUUUUCAGGGCGACACCUACAGGGUGACGAAGACAGAGGCAGAGGAGUUUUGGAUGCGAUCAUUUGGAAACAAGUGUAUAGUGCAGUGGAACACUUUCAAAGAGCAGCUGCGGAGUGUACAUGCAUUCGAGGAGGGGAUGGAGUCCAUGGCUCUGAAGUCAACUAUAGAUCUCACCUGUAACGACCACAUCUCUGUGUUCGAGUUUGACAUCUUCACCAGGCUCUUUCAGCCGUGGAGGUCAAUCAUAAGGAACUGGAACCAGCUCGCCGUGACUCAUCCAGGCUACAUGGCCUUCCUCACCUACGACCAGGUUAUAGCUCGUCUUGAACACUACCUGCACAGACCCGGGAGCUAUAUCUUUCGUCUGAGCUGCACACGAAUGGGCCAGUGGGCUAUCGGCCAUGUGACCAGUGAAGGUGGUAUCGUCCAGACCAUCCCCCAGAAUACACCUCUCUACCAGGCGCUCAUUCAGGGCUUCAAGGAAGGCUGCUACCUGCAUCCAGAUGGCCGCGAUGUGAACCCCGACCUGACGAGCCUGUGUGAACCGACCCAGAGGGGCAAAGUCAAAGUAACAGAAGAGCAGUACGAGCUUUACUGUGACAUCGGCAGCACCUUCCAGCUGUGUAAGAUCUGUGCAGAGAGGGAUAAGGACACACGUAUCCAGCCCUGUGGCCAUCUCCUGUGCCAACCCUGCCUCACGGGCUGGCAGCAGAAGUCGGCUGGCCACACCUGCCCAUACUGUCGCUGCGACAUCAGAGGGACAGAGUCCAUCCUUGUCGAGCCCUACCUGCCAGGCAGCGGUCACUGGGAGGAGGAGGGCGAGGACGACACAGAGGAGGCGGACCAUGAAGACAUUGAGCUGAUGGUAAAGGAAAUGGCUGCCCUGAGAAAGAUCUCCAGUUUGGAUUACCAGGUUCCCACCUCCCACCUGAGCGCUCCACCUCUGCCCCCCAAGCACAGCACAACCCCACGCUGUCCAUCUCCCUCUGACCAACUCCAGACAUCCGAAACCAAGACACUGGACAAACACUCCCACUCCCGCUCACAGGCCCACAGCAGCGGUGAAGCACGUAGAAGACACAGAAAACAGACAAACAUGAAAAGCAGCGCUGAUUUCCGCACAGAAGCAAAACUUUCCUCUUCCUCUCAGAAGGAUGUCAACAGUGGAGUAGCGUGGCUCUGACAUGAAUAGAGGGACGAACAGAGAGCGGUGCUCAGAGGAGACAAACAUGACCUGGGAGAGGUGACAGCAUCCUGACAGAGAAGCAACCUCUGCAAAAUAAAAACUCUUUUAAUAGAGGGAGAAAUACUCAGCGACUAAAAUAUCCUCAUUCCAGAAAUCAGCUCUCAUUGAAUGUAAAAAUAGUCUUUGGAGUCAUGUUUAGCUGUAAAUGACCGGCGUGUCAGCUGCACUGCUGAAGCUCUGAUGUGUGUGGGCGGGGACUGACAGGAAAAUUGCUUACUGAGGCCUCCUACUGUUCAAUAAUCACACUGCCAUUAUCUCUGCAGUAGGUUCAGUACUGAUUCUUUAUAAUUAAAAGUGUUUCCGGAGCCUCCUUGAGAUUAUUUAAUGAAAGGCUUGAUGAACAAAUGAAGGGGGCAACAGCUUAUUUAGGGUGAAUAUAUGAAACAAUAUAAAUAUGCUACCUCGUCAUUUAACUCAUAACAUAUGUCUGCUCUCAUAAAUAAGUUAUGUAAGUCAAUAAAGGCCUCUGUGUAAUUACAUUUUAUUGAAAUUAAAUAAACCUUCAACUGACACAUGA